GUGUUAAUCAUUGUUCUCUCUCUCUCUCUCUCUCUCUCUCUCUCUCUCUCUCUCUCUCUCGCUCCACUCACAUAGAGUGUGGGACGUUUCAGUGAGUCCCUCCAUCCGCGGCAGCUGCGCUUCCCUUCUCCCAAACACACACACACACACACGCGCACACACAUACACACACACUCACACUCACUGCUUGUGAAAGCAAGGACGUCCUUUCUUUCCUUUACCCGGAAGCCGGAGAUGCUAGGGACUUGCAGUUGAGAAUCCCGCACUGCUAGUACACCUGAACUUCACUUGGAGGCGGAUCGUCGAGUGUCGGAGCGACCUGUAUUCACCGGGCAGAUCUGGUGAAAAGGGACAACAUAAAGAAGCUUGAAGUAAAUGUAACAUCUGACUGUGAAGGAAGUAGGAAUCAAAAGCCAUCAAGAUGAAUUUUGUUAUGAAGCAAGCGUUGGGAGGGGCAACCAAAGACAUGGGCAAAAUGCUGGGAGAAAAGGAAGAGAAGGACCCUGAUGCUGAGAAGAAGGAAGAGGAAAGACAAGAGGCUCUCCGGCAGCAAGAGGAAGAGAGGAAGGCUAAAUAUGCAAAAAUGGAGGCAGAGAGGGAAUCACUCCGACAGGGCAUCAGGGAUAAGUAUGGUAUAAAGAAGAAGGAGGAGAAGGAGGCUGAGGCUCAGGCUGCUAUGGAGCAGGCGUCUGAAGGCAGUCUCACUCGCCCAAAGAAAGCCGUGCCUGCCGGCUGCGGUGAUGAUGAGGAUGAAGAAGAAAGUAUUGUGGACACAGUCAUGAAGUUCCUCCCAGGUCCUCUUUUAGACAUGUUCAAUAAGAAGUAACACAGUCAAGAAUGUGUUGUUAUUAAACCUGUCAUAAAUUUCAUAACAUCCAUCCCCACACCCCCUUAUUCCCUACUCUUCACUCAUUAGUUCCAAACUUACUGGACUCAGUGAACGUGCCAUGACUGUAGUCUUUAAUUUGGAGUGUCAGAUCCAGAAAUCAUGCCUAAAAUUGUGCACUAAAUUCGCAAAUAUAUGUUCCUUUUCAAAUUAAAGACACAUUUAAUGGCAGAGUCCAGGUGAUGGAACAACAACAGUAAUUAUCCAAGCAGCACAUAUUUUGUUUGUAAAUAGCUUAUAAAAAGAAUAUAUAUGAAUACCAGAAUAUAUCAAUAUAUACACAAUUACUAAGAGUAAAAGCCAUAAUUUUAACUUGGAGAAAGUCCUCCAAUCCAUAUCGUAUUUUUGAUUAAAGUUUGCUGUUCUGUUAAAGAUAUUAUUGUUAAAUUCAUGUGGUAGAAGUGUAUAAUUGUAUGUAAAGUAUCAUAAUACCAUUUAUCAUAGCAUUUAAUUAUUUCAAAUUGUUGUAAAUGGCUGGAAGUCCUGGAAAAUGGAAAUAAGCAAGGGAAAGAAAAUAAUCUUUUUUAAGCAUGAAGAUUUUGUGAAUGCACUGUGUACAACUUCAUUUGAAUUUUUAGAUGAAAUACACUGAUAUUUAAGGCAAUAACUCUGUUUUUUUUUUUAUUUCGUUGACUCAUACACGCUACCAUAUAUAUGUAACGCUCUGCCUUUAGAAAUGACAGUACAUCCCUUGUGUGUAAACUCAUUGUACCACUCUCUAAAAGUGUGUUGAUGUGGAUUCAAGCAUACUAAUGUAGUCAUGAUGAGUGAAAGCAUAGAGCUAGGUGCUAUAAUGAAUCAAAAUAGCUUAGCUUAGCUCCUACUGUAAAAUGCAAGGAUGACAUAGAGCGCAUACUACUACAAUUCUACAAUUGGACCAAUAGGGCUCUGAAAAAUUAUAUA